UACCUACUAUUUAACUCAUCGACGCUGUAGAAAUAUAUAUAAAUAAUUCGGUUUCGACAAUAAGUACCUUGCAAAUACUUACAAUAAUUGAGAAAAUAAAUUGCUGGCCCUUAGUUAAUUUGUUUGCACUUUAGUUUUUACAAAAAAAAAACGCCGAAGCAAAAAUGUCGGAAACUAAAAAACGCUCAAUUUCUCAUGUAGAUGGUAGUGAUGAGGAGGACUUCGCUGGAUUUGACGAUAAUUUAAUAUAUGACGAUUUGCAAGUACACGAGAUAGGAGUCAAUAAACGAGAUGUCUCUCCGAUAAAAGUUCCAAAAAAUUCAAAAGACACUGUGAAAAAGAGUUACAAUGAUCCAAUUUAUAGAAAGCCAUUUGAUUAUUUAUGGAAAAGAGAAGUAGUAUAUAGAGCACUGCAGAAUGAACGAAACACACAGAAAGAAAAAGGAGGAGAUGUUUACUAUAUAACACCAACUAAUAAAAAGUUGCGCACAAAGCAGGAGAUUCUAAACCACUUAGAUAAAUAUACAGAUUUAACAAUAGAAAAUUUCACGUUUGCAAAAGAGCCUGUCGGUGGAACUUCUGAGCAAGAAAUAAUACGCUAUGCAAAGGUGUAUCCGAAUUCAAAAAGAUCCUCAGAUGCUUUCAUUUAUGCUCAAGCCGAAUCUGCACAAAUCAUGGGAAAAAGGACCCCUAAACCAAAACUUCCUAAAGGAGCUAGUCCUCCCCCUGAAAACAAGUACAUGGUAAAAAUACCAUCAGUUAGUGAUGGAUCGAAUGGAAAUGAACAUGAGCUAGAUAGAUCGUCAAAGCUUUCUAAAAUAAAAAGAAACAAUUGCUCCAUUGAUUGCUAUAAAGCUAUGGGUAGUAUUCCUCAGUUGCAUUGUCAAAAAUGUUUUCGGUUAUUUCAUCAUGAAUGUAUGGAUAUGUCAAAAGAUGCCACAAAAACGUACAUUUGCAAGGAUUGCAUAAAUACAAAAGAAAAGCUUUCACCAAACAAUCCAAUUAAAGGCAAUUCAGCUCAACAUAAAAUACUUUCUGUAAAAGAUAAUUCUAACAGAGAAAAUAAUAAAACCGCCCCAAUUCAAACUAUUGCUGUCAUAGCAGGAAGGAAAUAUGUUGUCGUUUCAAGUCCAAAUUCUUCACUUACCGAGGAAUCAAAUAAUUUGAAUCAAAAUGAACAGUCAAGAAUAUCUCCUACACCAAUCAAAAAUGAACAACAAAUGCGUCAAAAAAAUUUAAAUGUGAAAACUGAGUAUGGCGUAUCAUCUGAAUCAUCUGAACUGGUAGUAUCGAAAUUCCGAACCAAAAAGGAAGUCAUAAACAAAUUCAAUGGAAACUCAAUGAGUUUCGCUGCAAAUUUUUUUGGCAACGUAUCAGUAGGAUAUGAUAUUUUAUUGCACACCUUUCAGUAUCUCAAAGUUCAGGAACUUUUGCGAUGUACAUGCGUAUGUCGUAUGUGGGAAAAAGUUGGAAAUCAUACCACGCUAUGGAAAACUGUGCGAAUGAAAAACUCGAUGGUGAACGAUUGGUCCGGACUAGCAAAUAAAUUAAAAAAUAAUAAUACUCGUAGCCUGGACUUGAAAAAGAUGUUGUUGGCAAGCAAUUUCAAUGAAAUGUGGGAGAAUUUUUCGAAAAACAUCGGAACAGCCACUAACUUACGCAGCAUAGAUUUCUGUCGGUGUCCUGCAAAAGUUAUCGAAUGUUUAUUUGAAACAAAUCCAUAUAUUGAAACUAUAAAUGCUGUAACAAUCAAUAGUAAUGAGAUAGAUUUAAAAAAUAUUGUGAAAGCAACGAAUCUCCGAGAAUUCCGGCUUAGGUCAACUGACUGUAUUGAUAUUAUUUCUGAUAUAUCAUCUUUCAAAGAACUUGACAAGCUGGUUCACCUAUCCCUUACAUCGGUUAAUAAAUUGGCAUCAAAAGACAUUUCAAUCCUUCAAUACCUGUCUAAAUUAGAAACAUUGGAGCUUGGCGAAUGUUCAAAUUUUCCCGACACAUUUGCUUCUAGUAUAUUGCCAAAGCUAACUAAUCUAGAAAAAUUACGACUAGAAAAAUGGCAGCAAAACUGCAACACAUCAAAAUUAUUGGACACUAUUGCAAAGCUACCUAAAUUAACACAGCUUGAGUUGAUAAAUUUUGAUGUUCAAGCGGAUUUCGAUAUCAAGAUAUCUAAUUGUGUAAAUAUAAAAAAACUCUUAUUAAUACCCACAUAUGUAUCACAAUCAGCAACUACGAAUAAGUUAAUUUUGAGUGGAGUGUUAAAAAUGUAUAGAACUCUUGAAAAAUUCAUUUGGACUAUAACCAACGAACUGCUAAGAGUCACGGAGCUAUAUACAGAAGAAGGUUCUAUCCCGAAAUGUGACAGUAUUCCAGUUUUAAAACCGAUGCCAUUUAAUGAUUUUAAAAGCCAGCAUAGAAAUCAAACAUCUUCAGAUAUAUCUCAAAUAGAAAUUGUGCCCCUUUCAAACAUUGAGAGUAUACUGUUACAAACCCUUUCAAAUACGAAAAUAAAACUUCUGAAAUUACCAUUGGCAGCCACUUGGAAGCAGAGUAUGUCAGACUUUUAA